AAAAUAAAUAACCCCCCCAAAAAUCCCACGCCCAAAAACAAAACAAAAUAAGAAAGAAAGAAAAAAAAAAAAAAAAAAGAAGCAAAAAAAGAACCUGUUUGUUUUAAUGUACUAAUUUGAAUGGCACAGGCAACAAAUGAACUACAUACAUGUAUUAUACCAAUAAAAAUAAAAUAUUUUAAUGUUAACCUUUUACUGCAAACACUAUCAAAUUAUAGCCCGUAAUAUAAGCUGCUGAAACAAAUGUCACGAAAGAGAGACGCAGCAGCGAUUGUCUUGCUGUUUUAACUACCAAAGGUGUGGCCGUGUUUUUUUAAAGAUGUCCAACUUAGGAAACACAGCAAGGGUGUGCCGCUGAAGAACUCCGAUAAAGUUGACGUCUGAACGGGCUGAACACCGGGGUGGGGAGGACACACUGCAUGUGGAUGCCUCCUCCAGCUUUCCCGAGGAAUUCCGAAUGUUUGAGAUGCUAAUGUCCCCAGAAGCGGCACUAUUGAAUCGGGAGAUUGAGGCAGGGAUGUAAACUUUGUCAUUUAGCAUUGCCGAACGUUAACCGACAUGACCGAAGAUUCUCAGCCAGCAACCUCCAAUCACUCGGGCACUGACUUUCACAACAGCUCGUUUCCUAGUGACGCUGACAACACCUCCUGCAGUAGUAGCAGCAGUCCACGCUGCCUUUCUCCGGGCAACUACCACCAGCAUGUGGAAUAUACUCCCCGUCAUGACACUCUCAUCGAUCAGUUACCAGAGGACAACGAAAACAAUGAUGAUGAUUUUGAUGCCAAUGCCGCCGCCGAUGACAACAACAGUAUUAACAUGUUAAACACCGACUCUAACCCUCACAGACUCUGCUCAGAUUCUAAGGUUUCCUUGAUAAAACUAAGUCAGAUACGAUCAGCAUUUGCGAACCGUGAGCCGCACCCUAGUUCACCAGGAACGAUCGCACAGAUGUUUGCCCUGAAAAAACGCUUGAAGGCGGAAGCGAUGAAUGGUGCGUUUGUUCACCUCGGUGUCGAGGGGGACCAGAACUCUGCUGCCAUGAGCUGUGCAUCCUCCUCGGACCGCGUGUUCUCCUCUGUGAUGUCCAUCAAGCAGGAGCCCAUGGAGGAGGAAGUCUCCGAGAAACGCUCACUGGCCUCACACAAGGACGGAAAGCCGAUUCAGACAGAGCCAGUUGACCUGUCCAUCAACAAGCGUCCAUUAGGACCUGACGAUGUGCUGGACAUUCACCAAGGCUUGGACCUUCGGGUUGGGCGAAAAGAUGAUGACCACCCGAAUGUAACAGUAGAUUCUGUAAACAAGAUCGGCUCCGCAGCUCUUUUAUCACUGAGGAGAAUAAAGGAAGCAUCAGAACAGUUUAAAUAUUUGGAGAACGGUGGCAGUAAAAGUCCGUACAGUGUGUCAUCGAUCACCAAGUGUGACCCGUACUCCCAGUCCCAGGCCGAGAAGAAGCGGCGAGUUCACCGGUGUGAUUUUGACGGCUGUAUGAAGGUUUACACGAAGAGUUCGCAUCUUAAAGCUCACCGGAGAACACACACAGGUGAAAAACCCUAUGUAUGCAACUGGGAAGGCUGCACAUGGCGGUUUGCGCGGUCCGACGAGUUGACACGACACUACAGAAAACACACGGGUGACAAGCCAUUCAAGUGUCACGUGUGUGACAGAGCAUUCUCCCGAUCCGACCACCUGUCACUCCACAUGAAGAGACACUGAAGGUGAAGCAGGGUAAAAUGCAUUACGGUCAUGCUUACGUGUAAAGUUGACCAAGUCACUGUGGUUAAUGAGUCGGGAACUGUGAACAGCGGACUCUGUCGUUACGACGUGGCUGUUCCAAGGUGCUCACUAAACACUGUCUCCUCAUGAUCAUCGUUCACCUAGUGGUUGUCUCCCCUGUUGCAAUGUGUGUCAGCUGUUCUCCCAUUAGAACAUGUGUCAACUGUCCUCCCAUUAAAACUUGUCAACAGUUCCAUUAGAACAUGUCAACAGUUUGAUUAGAACAUGUCAACAGUUUGAUUAGAACAUGUCAACUGUUCUCCCAGUAAAACGUGUCAACAGUUCCAUUAGAACAUGUCAACAGUUUGAUUAGAACAUGUCAACUGUUCUCCCAGUAAAACGUGUCAACAGUUCCAUUAGAACAUGUCAACAGUUCCAUUAGAACAUGUCAACAGUUCCAUUAGAACAUGUCAACAGUUCCAUUAGAACAUGUCAACAGUUCCAUUAGAACAUGUCAACAGUUUGAUUAGAACAUGUCAACUGUUCUCCCAUUAAAACGUGUCAACAGUACCAUUAAAACAUGUGUCAACUGUUCUCCCAUUAAAACGUGUCAACAGUUCCACUAGAACAUGUGUCAACUGUUCUCCCAUUAAAACAUGUCAACAGUUCCAUUAGAACAUGUGUCAACUGUUCUCCCAUUAAAACAUGUCAACAGUUCCAUUAGAACGUGUGUCAACAGUUCCAUUAGAACAUGUGUCAACUGUCUCCCAUUAAAACAUGUCAACAGUUCUAUUAGAACAUGUGUCAACAGUUCCAUUAGAACAUGUGUCAACUGUUCUCCCAUUAAAAACAUGAGUCAGCUGUUCUGUUAGAAAAUGUGUCAACUGUUCUCCAGUUAGAGCAUGUGUCAACUGUUCUAUAAGAAUGGGUGUCAGUUGUUCUGUUCACCUGUUUUUCUGUUAGAACAUGUGUCAACUGCUCUCCUGUUGGAAUGAGUCAACUGUUCUGUUAGAACACAUGUCAACUGCUCUAAUGUUGGAACGAGUCAACUGCUUUAAUGUUGGAACGAGUCAACUGUUCUGUCAGAACAUGUGUCAACUGCUCUAAUGUUGGAACGAGUCAACUGCUCUAAUGUUGGAACGAGUCAACUGCUCUCCUGUUGGAAUGAGUCAACUGUUCUUCUGUUAGAACAUGUGUCGACCUCACUGUACUGCCUGUGCAAGAACUUGUGUGACGUGGACAAUGUGUUGACAACCACAACAACAACAACAACGCUGUGACUGCAGUCUUUCAAGCUACAAUCAAGCACUACCUGUAGCUAUAUGUAUUUAUAGCUACUGUUUUCAUGACUACUUAAUGAAAAUAGAUGUCCGUUUUGGACAGAUAGGUUAUGUAUAUGUUUUUAUAUCUACAAGAAAGGAACGUUUUGAGUUUCACUUCUGUUUUGUUUUAUGAAAAAGAAAAACAUUCAGGAGGUGAAAACCAAAUUUUGUUUGUGACAUUAAUAUAUUAUCAGAGAAGUAGAAAUAUAUCUGUGGUUGUGAGUUUUGUUUAAGUAGUAUAACCCUGGAAAAAGUUUGAAAACAGCUAUCUUGUUUUAAGGUUAGCAACUUGUGUUUUAGUACUGGAUAUGCUGGAAGGAUAUGAAGAGUUUAGGCGCAAAACACGAUAUAUCCAUUUUUCAUUUUCAGUAAAAAUUACUUUUUUAAUGGGCAUAUAUCGCAUUUUGAUGAAAAAAAAGGGAUUUACUCAAUACAAUUUCAUAAG